CGGGCGCAAACGGAGUCCUGACAGGAGUCUCAGCUGGGACUACAAGUCCCGGCAUCCCCUGCGCGGCGGCGACGCCAUCAGUCGGGGACAGGAGUAGCAACAGCAGGAGAAGCUUCUGAGGUGCAGGAUGGCGGAUUCGCUGAAUGUCGGGGUGAACCUGGAAGCCUUCUCCCAGGCUAUUCACUCCAUCCAGGCGCUGCGCUCCAGCGUCACACGGGUCUUCGACUGCCUGAAGGAUGGUAUGCGGAACAAGGAGAGCCAGGAGGUCCGGGAGCGGGCCUUCGUCAGCGACUUCCAGGACAACCUGCACUCAGUCAACCAGGACCUCAAUGAACUGGAACGUCUCAGCAACUUAGUUGGGAAACCAUCCGAGAACCACCCACUCCAUAACAGCGGCUUACUCAGCUUGGACCCAGUUCACGACAAGACCCCUCUGUACAGUCAGCUGCUCCAGGCUUAUAAAUGGUCAAACAAGCUGCAGUACCAUGCUGGGCUAGCAUCCGGUCUCUUGAACCAGCAAUCCUUGAAACGCUCUGCUAAUCAGAUGGGAGUGUCUGCAAAGCGAAGACCCAAGGCUCAGCCUACCACCCUGGUCCUUCCUCCACAGUAUAUCGAUGACGUAAUCAGCCGGAUUGAUCGGAUGUUUCCAGAGAUGACCAUCCAUUUAUCAAGACCCAACGGUACUUCUGCCAUGUUGUUGGUGACUCUGGGUAAAGUUUUGAAAGUGAUCGUGGUCAUGCGCAGUCUCUUCAUUGACCGCACCAUAGUGAAAGGUUACAAUGAAAACGUCUACACUGAAGAUGGCAAGCUGGACAUAUGGUCAAAGUCCAACUACCAAGUUUUCCAAAAGGUUACAGAUCAUGCCACAACAGCCCUCCUACAUUAUCAGCUGCCCCAGAUGCCCGAUGUGGUGGUCCGAUCAUUUAUGACCUGGUUAAGAAGUUAUAUCAAGCUGUUCCAGGCUCCGUGCCAACGCUGCGGGAAGUUUUUGCAGGACGGUCUGCCACCCACGUGGAGGGAUUUCCGGACCUUGGAGGCCUUUCAUGAUUCCUGCCGUCAGUAGCGAAGACAUAUUGAGCUAUAGGACUUGGGAACAUUGCAGAGAUCGCAUUGAUGCCAAAAUAGCUGUGAUGUAUUUGCUCCUAUGUGACCCAAAUAUUCCAAGACAUGAAAGGGGUUUAUGGACUGAGAUGAAGUGUUGCGCAUGGUGACCAGGGAACAUGGACCUCUGACCUGUUACAGAUGAGAUGCUCUACUCUCUAUGGACAGCGCUGGUGUUAGAGACAUUUCUCCAUGCCGGAGGCACAGCGAUGACAUUCAGAGAUGGCUCAGAUCUUGGACUUAAGGGAAACUGGGAGUUUAAUGAUUUGUACAUCUGUUUUUCCAUCAUGUUACUCAUGUUUAUCUCUAUAAGAGCGCAUGAAACAUUUUCUAUCAUUUAUUAUUAACUCAUUUUGAUAAAAAAAAGUAGGAUAUUGUACAAUGCAUUUUGUGUAAUUUUUGAUAAAAUAAUAUUUUUAUCCUGUGA